ACGUCAGACAGUUUAUCGUCACCUGGGGCGGGCCUUCCCAGGGGAUUUAACUGGGGCUGAUAAUUUUUUAUUGAGCGCCUAUCGUGAAUCAGACACUGAGUGCCCUGAGCGUUGGAGAAACGAGUGAAUGAAGCCAGGAGCAAGAUAUUCGGUGUGCACGUUAUCUAGUGUGGCUCUUGCCCUGGUCCCCGUGGGUGGGUGGUCUAUUCCUAACCUGAACAUUUCUGGAGACCCAGAGAUGUGAAGGACUGCCGGGAUUAUGCUCUCCCAGAGUCUCUCUGGAGUGCAGAUCCCUUGGCUGUAUGGCCACAUCCCCCCUUCCUCUAAGGCCUUCCCCGACCAUAUAAGGAGAGGCAGCUGCUGGGGGCGUCCCCAGUAUCUAAAGAUAGCGGUCUCUGCUUCGGACUCCAAACGCCACCGGGUAGCAGGAGCCGCCAUGGCAAGGCAACAUGCCAGGACGCUGUGGUAUGACAGGCCCAAAUAUGUGUUCAUGGAGUUUUGUGUUGAGGAUAGCACCGAUGUCCACGUGCUCAUCGAAGACCACCGCAUUGUGUUCAGCUGCAAGAAUGCGGAUGGAGUGGAGUUGUACAAUGAGAUUGAGUUCUAUGCUAAGGUGAACUCCAAGGACUCCCAGGAUAAACGCUCCGGUCGUUCCAUCACUUGUUUUGUGAGGAAAUGGAAGGAGAAGGUGGCCUGGCCUCGACUCACCAAAGAGGAUAUCAAACCGGUGUGGUUGUCUGUGGACUUUGAUAACUGGAGAGACUGGGAGGGGGAUGAAGAGGUGGAGCUGGCUCAGGUGGAACACUAUGCAGAGCUUUUGAAGAAGGUCAGCAUCAAGAGACCUCCCCCUGGCAUGGAUGACCUGGAUGAUGAUUCUGACAGUGCUGAUGCAACAAGCACUUGAGUACGGCUCCAUCAGAUGGCAGGAUAGGAGAGUAGACUGGUGGGGCUCCUGACUUCCUACCAAUUGGCUGUAAUCUUUGUGCUUGGGCCACUCAUCAGGGCUCUCUUGAGUAUUCGAGCAUGUGUGUGUGGUAGAGCAAAAGCCAAAGAAGCAGUUUAUAGAUUAUAAUAAAUCUGUAAGAACAA